AUGGAUGGAGAUGUAAGAUUUAUGGAAAUUCAACCAAUUGAAGAACAUUUGCAUCUUCCACUUGUAUUUGCAUUGACUGCAAUGCCUCCUGUAACUUUGCAAUCUCUUGUGCUUUUGUUUCCUCCAGCUCAGUCUAAAUUCGAGAAACAAAAGAAAGAAGAGUAUCUGUCAGUCAAGGCCCCUGUUUCCCUUGCAGCCUGCGCCAAUGCACAAACAUGGUUACUUGUGCUGUCGAAGCUCUCUCCUAGCGAUACGUCGCCUCCAGCCACAUUGGGUUACAAUAGCAGACUUUUGAAGGCUUCUAUAAUAACUAUAUUCACGAUUAAACAGGGAUAUUACGACACAACAAAAUCUUAUGUUUCAGUCAACCAGCAGUGCCAGAAGAACUUACUUCCCAUCCAAAACGUCAGGAGCAAGAACACCAAACCGGAUAAGGAAUUCAUCAAAUGUACGUCUAGUGGGGUAUCCAGCACAGCUGAUUCUAAUAGCUUCAAGAACACCCUAUAUCAUAAUGAAAAAUAA